AUGUUCUUUGUCCUCUUAAUCGCUACUUGUUUUGCUGAAAAAAUUAUGAUCACAGAAAAGAUGGGUCUUAACCAACUUCCUGUUGAAUACAAAAUUAUUGAUACUUCUGUCUGUUAUAUUGACGGUUCUAAAGAUAAUGAAUAUGUAAAAUACAGUACUAGCGCAUCAGGACAAUAUAUUAAAACUGAGUAUUCUGAUAGUUAUUGUACUAUGAUGAAAGAACAAGAAUUAGUCUCUGGUCUUGUUACUCCUUUUAAUGGUGAUUUACCUACUUAUAUUGCAUAUACUACUAAAGAUUUAAAGUCAUGCCCAAAUACAUUUAAUGAAAACGCUCCAAUUAUCAGAAAAUACAUUACUUCUAACUGUUAUUUCGAUUCUGAUGAUUCCUAUAAUUCAAAAAGACAUGGAAUUAAAAAUGGACAAAUUGUCACUGUUAAAUUUAAAGAUGCUCAAUGCACUGAUUCUGGUCGUAUUGAUGAUUAUGACGAAGAAUGUGGAAGAUGUGAUGAUGGAGAAUAUACAUGGUGUAAAAAUGGUGCAUUCUCUAUUGUUUCAAUUAUUGCACUAAUGUUAUUUUUCCUAUUUUAA